UCAGGAGAAGAAGAUCCCAAAGAGAAGCAUCUGGAAUCUCCGGCGAGGUGCUACGAUCCGGUCCGGUGUCCUUGCGGAGCACGAUAAGCUUGUGCUUCUCUUCCUCUUCUUCUUCUUCUUCGAGUUCAUCGGCCAUGGCGGAGCACGCGGAGGAGUCGAAAGUGGAGGGUCUCGUGGAGAAGAUCAAGGAGGAGCUCCAUGAUUCAUCGUCCUCUGAUUCGGACCACGAGAAGUCGGAACCCUCAUCGUCUUCGGUCAAAGCCAAGAUUUUCCGCCUCUUUGGCCGUGAACAGCCCGUCCACAAGGUCCUCGGCGGCGGCAAACCUGCUGAUGUAUUCUUGUGGAGGAACAAGAAGGCAUCGGCUGUGGUCCUUGGUGGGGCCACCGCAAUCUGGGUCUUGUUCGAGCUCAUGGAGUACCACCUGCUCACUCUGGUCUGUCAUGGCCUCAUACUCUCCCUUGCCAUCCUCUUCCUCUAUUCCAAUGCCACUACCUUCAUCCACAAAUCUCCACCGCGCAUUCCAGAAGUGAGCAUCCCUGAAGACCUCACUGUGGACAUUGCUCGUUCCUUGAGGUAUGAGAUCAACAGGGCCAUCGCUGUUCUAAGGGAGAUCGCUCUUGGAAGGGACCUCAAGCAAUUCCUUGGUGUGAUUGCAGGACUCUGGCUGCUUUCAGUUGUUGGUGGCUGCUGCAAUUUCAUAACCUUGUUCUAUAUUGUGUUUGUCUUGCUGCAUACAGUGCCUUUCGUCUAUGAGAAGUAUGAUGACAAGAUUGAUGCAUUUGCGGAGAAAGCCAUGAUAGAGAUAAAGAAGCAGUAUGCCGUUUUCGAUGCCAAGGUUCUAAGUAAGAUACCCAAAGGUCCAUUGAAAAACAAAAAGCAGAACUAGGAAGGGAGAUGGUAUAUUGGGAUUGUGUUUGGUUCUAUUACUUGUGCUUGGGUACGCUUUGGAUCUCAUCAUGUUUUGUGGUCUUUUAGUGUGUUCUCUGGUUGGCUGCAAUUUAGCAUAACAUAAUGUUCAAUAGUAGCACUAAUGCUGUUAUGUGGAUGUUAUAAUACUGUUGAGAGUAUUAUUUGUUAUGCCUAGUAUUUUUGUUUAUGCUGUGAGUCUGACCUUUUAACUGGAAAUUUAGCAGUUGUUUCUGUUUA